AUGCCUGAAGAACAGAAUAAUUUCAAGAAGAAGAAGAAAAUGUGAGUUUUUUUGACAUUUUGUCAAUUCAGAGAUUUUAUCGGACAAAGAAUCGUUAAAUUACAUAGUUGACCCUAACAUUUUUUUUUUCAUUUUGUGACCCAUUUUAUCUUUUUUUUCUCUUUUUUUCUUAUGGUAUACCUGUUUUUUGUCGCAUCUGUUGCGUUUUUUAUGGGGAGUGUGACUUUUGGAUUUUAAAAAUGACAGGUAUUUUGAAUUUUGUUUUGGUGAAUUUCGACAUCAUUUACGACGGAAAAAAAUUUCGAAAUUUUAUCCACAAAAAAUGCAAAUUUUUUCCACAUUUCGAAUAUUCUCAUCUCUAUGAAGUGUAUGUAUACAAUUUCGAAAUAAUUAGAAUUUACCGACAUUUCUCAAUUAACCACAUUCAAUUCGUUUCUUGAAAGAAUGAAUGAAUAAAAAAGAUGCAGUUUUUUGUGACGUUAUUCAAAUUAUGUGAAAAUCGAUAUGCUUUUGAGAUGGUUUUUUUUCAAAUUGUUUUGUUUUCGACAUAUUUUUAGUUUGGUAAAAAAACAUCCAUGAUAAUUGAACAAGUUUUUGGGCAUUUUUUCUAUAAGUCGCUUGAAAAAUUUGAUAAUGAAUUCAAAUUUCGAAAAAUUCAGUUAAAAUUUACAUAGUUUUCAGAAUCAAUCCAAAAAAUUCACAUCAGAAACGUACUAGCAUUUAAAAAACACAAUUUUCUGUUAGCCAAAUUAGAAAUAGAAUGGAUUUUUUUUAAUUGCAGAAAAAAAAACUCCAUUUGUUUUUUCAUCUGAAAAUCGAAAAACAAUUCAAAGAUAAAAUUUGGAAUUCGGAAUUUUGAAAAGGUUAGCCAUCUUAUCUGCAUGUUGUUUUUAUUAUUACUAAUAUUAUAAUUUAUUAUUCUUCCAUCUCUUUUUUUCUUCUUUCUCUCCUCUUUCCUCAUUUUUCUAGAUACAAAAAAGUACCCAACCAUAUGGACGCAUUUUGCAUAUCGUUCUAUCCAAUCUUUCUUUUUUGUCUAAUAUCUCUCGCACUCUCUUACUCUACUUUUGUUCUUUUUUCUGGUGAUUGUUUUCUACACCACAACACCACGAAACUCAGAAAAAAACAUUCUUACAAUUUUUACUCAUUUUUCCGGUGAACACUUGUUAUUUCAUCACGAUUACAAUUAUUAUAAUAUAUUAUUGUUGUUUUUGGUCACCCUUUUCUUAAAUUGUACCUAAUUACGGGAUACUCUCUUUUCUUCUACAAGUAAUUGUUGUUAUGAAUUAAUUAUGCCAUUUUCCUAUUCAAAAAAUAAGAAAAGAAAAAAAUAAUAUAAUAUUUUAUUUCAGCAGCGCCCAACGCGCGUGUGAUUGGGAGAAUUGUUUGCUGAUGGGCUCGGGUGAGCCGGCGCGAGCAGUUCGCACAUCCGGCGGACAUCAUGCAACACACAAACCGAAUCAAGUACAGCGAAAACCAAGACAGGAAAUAUCAUCGUGCUUGAAAUGGCUCGUGUUCCUGCUGAAUUCAUUGGUUUUUGUGAGUUGUUUUUUUGGGAACAGAUAUUUUUGUAGGAGGAACAUCGAAGAAACGGAAAACAUUCUCCCAGAAAGUGGUUCUAGAGCCAGCAACUUUUUAAUGAAAUUAAGUUUUUUGAAUGAACACUUACAUUUAGAAAUAAUUACAAAGAAUUCUGAAUCUUUAACCAGAAAAAUUGAAUAUAAAUUUUAAAAUAGUUGUAUUUUGUGGAAUCUCAAAAUUUUUCCGACAAAGUUCGUUUGAUCCACAGAAAAAACAAACUUAACAGCACUACAUUAUUUACACAUUUAUUUUUAUCUCCUGACAUAAUAAAAUAACAAAAAUAAGCUGAUUCUCGUUAAUUCUCGAAACCAGAACUGAUUUGACUCAUUCCUCAUAAGUGUCUGCAAAAAUAAUUCUUAUGAAUCAUUUAUUAUAAGUAGAUCAAAUCCUCUAUAGUUCCUCUUGGAAUAUGAUUUCAUAUAUUUACUAUUUAAUACUCCCCCGUAUAAAAACGUUCUAAAAAAAGAAAAUUCGAAAAGGUCGCAGUUCAAAAAUUAGAAAUUAUUCGCUUUUAAAAGAUACCACAAAUUAACAUACCACAUUUUGCGUCUUACUUCUCCGUAUGCGUAAUUAAGUGCCCCUUUUUCCUUCCUCUUUCCAAAAAUGGGAUGAAGAAAAGUUAAAUUAUUAAUAAGCCACUUAUAUAUAUGCACUUAUAUUAUUUUGCGAAUAAGGAAAAGAAGUCUAGACGAAAUGUCACGAGAAAAAAAGGGAUUCUGAAGGAUAAUCUAUAUAGUUUUUAUUUUCAGCUGAUUGGUGUUGGCAUUUUGGCGUUGGGUGUAUAUUUAUUUAUCAAGGAUUUUCGCGAGGUUAAACUAGUCGAUAUUAUAUUGAAUCCAGCCAUUCUCAUAUCGAUAUUUGGGUUUUCGAUAUGUGUGGUCUCGUUUCUCGGCUCAAUUGGUGCCUUAAGAGACAACAUUUUUCUAUUAAAAUGUGUAAGUUAAUCAUGAUAAAUCCUAUAUCCCAAAAAUACAAAAUUAUCAUUACAGUUCGCCCUCUGUGUCUUCUUUUCCUACAUUCUAGUCGUUUGUUCAACAUUCAUAUUAUUCGUUCUUUUUUAUACGGAUACAACAGAAGGUCUUUCUGCACAUUCAUUGUUGUUGUACGCCAUCAAAAAUUAUCAUACUAAUCGAAACUUGGCUGAAAUCAUGGAUGCGUUACAGGAAAAUGUGAGUUUUUUUUUUAAAUGAAAUUAGAUGAGUUUUGGAAAAAUAGCCUCGUUUAAUUUGUCUGAAAAAUAGUUCAGGCGAUUUUUUCACAUAAAAUCGAAAGAAUAAUCAAGAGCUUUGUAAAAUUUGAAAAACAAACUGUAAAAUCUAGAUGAAUAAUUCAUUUAAUUUAUUUUCUGUGACUCUGUUCUGUUUCGGGAGAGUGAUCAGGCAUAAUUCAACUUAAAAAUUUCAAAAAUUCAUAACUUCCUUAAAGUUUCCAACCCGCUGCAUCAGAAUUAUGAAAAAAAAUUGAAUGAAUAUAAUCCUCAAAUUAUUCAGCUCGAGUGUUGUGGUGUUUCAUCAAUUGCACAAGGUUAUCGUGAUUGGAAUAUGAGUUAUCAAUUCAAUUGUUCAAAAACCAAUCCACAACCUGAAAAAUGUGGUGUGCCAUUUUCCUGUUGUCGAAAAUCUGUCAUCUCGGAAGCAUUCCAAGCCGGAUCAUCAAAUCCACUUCUACCCGCAAUGAGAUCCUUGGAAUGUUGGCAAAACGCAUUGACAAAACGACCAGCUGAUUUAGAACAUGAUAUUUAUACACGUGGAUGUUUGCAACCUCUUCGAACAUUAUUCGAAUCGCACGCCGUGCACAUUGGUGCUGCUGUUGCGUUGUUGAUUAUCCCAGUGGUGAGUUGAUUUGAUUUUGAUGUUGAUUAAAAGUGUUUUCAAGAUUUGAAGAUAAUCAUUAGUACAAAAUGGUGUUUCUGAAAAGCCCUAGAUAAGCAGAUUUGCUUUUGGUUAUUUUGAUCUUGAUGUUGUGAAAUCUUUUCUAAAAAUAAUAAUUUAUAAAAAUCUUUUAGAUAUAAGAGAGUAUAUUCGUCAUUUAAGUAUCCUGAAAGACGUAAAAAACACAAAUGAUAACGUCAGAAGUUGGAUUAUAAGUUCUCAAUGUUCCCAAUAACAGAGUGCAUCAAAACUUUAAAUUUUUGUGAAAAUACAGUCUAUGCAAACACGGUUAAAUCACAAGAAUACAUUUCAACCAUCUUACUUGAUCGAUCUUUCAACAUUCAAAUAAUAAUAAAGUUAUAACAUGCAGUUAUAAGUAGUGAAAUUCAAAAAUAAUCGAUCACAAAAAUAUUCCUUAUAUUUUGUGAUGAAAAUAUGAAAUAAAUACUAUUUUCACCUCAUUAAAUACAUCGGAACUUCAUUCCUAUUUUCAGGAUUGAAAGCCUAUUUUAUAAUUGAGAUUUUUGAAAGAUCACAUAAUGUUUUCUAUAAAAAUAACAUAAACCAUAAAAUCCUAUUUUCCACCCCCUGAAAUUGAUAUUUUCACAAAUGAACUUUAUUUUCAGUGUAUUUCGGUUUGCCUCACCAACAUUCUCGCCAAACAAGUCGAUCAUCAACGUUAUUUAUUAGAACGGGAAGCACGACGAAAUGAUCGACGUCGUAAAAGAGAUCGAGAAAAUCGGCUAAGAGAGCAAAAUAAUGCGCUAGAUCUUCUUGAAAAAGGACAAAGCAGUAGUAAUGCUACAACGACUAAUAACAAUAACACCAGCUCAGCGACGGUAAGAUUGAUGUCAUUCAAAUGAUCUAUCAAAUAGUAUAUUUUUUAGACACGACCAAAGCCACCCGAUAUUCCACCGCCGUUACCGCCAACGAUGGAAAACGCGGGAGCACAAAAAAAAUCACGAACUCGAAGCACAUCACCGAAUGCAAAAUCUAGUGGUGUUGAACAUGCUGCCGAACGACGUAAAAGGUCACGUGGACCACCAGCAAAUUCAAAUUCGAAUAACAAUAAUCGAACGCAACAAUGGGUACUUCAACAAUCCGAUCUUGUAACUCCCAAAAAAUAG